AUGGACUCCCCCUCCUCCUCGACUUCUUCCUUUGCAGACGACAGAGUUUCGUCUAUUUCCAGCCAGCAGCCCCUCAUGAGACACAGUAUGCGCAACAGCGAGGAGCUCAGGCCGACUGCAGCGAAAAUUGACGAUUUUGACGCAUAUGAUAAUGGCAACGCCGAUACGGAGGCCACGCCGCGCUCUAAGAGCUUGACCGAUGCACUCGAAACAGAGGGAUUGAGCCUGUAUGAGAAGAAGUGCGUCCUUAUCAACCGCGAGAUUGAUAGCAUGGGCAUGGGCAAGUAUCAGUGGUAUGCGUGGGGCCUCUGCGGGUUUGGAUAUAUGCUUGAUCUGCUGUGGGCGCAAGCAUUUGGGCUGGUAUUGAGUCCGUUGCAGCAGGAGUUGGGAUUUGGACCUGGCGAAUCAGGCAACAUCUCCACAGCUUUCUCCGCCGGUUUGACAGCAGGGGCCUUCGUGUGGGGACUUUUGGUCGACAUCAUCGGUCGGCAGUGGGCGUUCAACCUGACAGUGCUCGUCAGCUCCGUAUUUGGACUCUGUCUCGGUGCAGCCAACUCGUACAUCACCUUCCUCGUGCUCACGGCCUUUGUCGGAUUCGGUGUUGGCGGGAAUAUUCCUAUUGAUACUACCAUCACUCUGGAAUUUAUUCCUCAGGACAAGCGCUUCUUACUCGCGCUCCUGUCGAUCUUUCAACCCAUCGGUGUCAUUGUGUGCAGCGCUAUCGCCUAUGGAUUCAUUCCAAACUACAUCUGCGAACCCGACUUUACCAGCGCUGACCGCCUCCCAUCUUGCCGUAUUGGCUCAUUUUACGGGAUCACCGAGCCUGGCCAACCAUGCUGUCGAAAGCAGGACAACAUGGGCUGGCGUUACCUCAUGUACACGCUCGGAGGCGUUACUCUGCUAGUGUUCUUCCUCCGCUUCGUAGUAUUCACGAUGUACGAGUCGCCUAAGUUCCUUGUCUACCGCGGCAAGGAUGCAAAAGCCGCAGACGUGCUCCAGAAGAUCUCGAAGGUCAACAAGAGAGUAUGUAGUGUGACGUUGGAGAGCUUCGAGGCGCUGGAACGUGAUCAUAACUCCAUGCAUAGCGCGAGAUCCCGUGGUGGCGCUGUGCUCGGCAGCGGUGCGAUGCAACAGAAGGCUACCAUGGGGGAGAAAUUGAGACUAGAACUGAGUCGAUACGGAAUGCUCUUCGCAGGUUGGCAGAUGACCCGUCUGACGAUCCUGACGUGGCUCACCUAUAUUUGCGACUUUUGGGGUUUUACUGUAGCAGGUUUCUAUCUCCCGCAAAUCCUGCAACUCAAGAAUGCGGCCAUCAGCCUCUCCCUCCGCUACACAUACCGCAGCUACAUGUACAUCUACGCCCCAGGCAUAGCCGGUGUCCUUCUCGGCUCGCUGAUGUACGGUGUCCCCCGCAUCGGCCGCAAAUGGACUAUGGUCAUCUCCUCCGGCUUAAUGGGCGCGUCGAUCUUCAUCUUCAGUACGGUGAACAACCAAGCUUCCAAUGUCGGUCUGACCAUUAUGGAGUACUUCUUCCAGAGCAUGUUCAAUGCCGUACUUUACGGCUGGACGCCGGAAGCCUUCCCAGCGCCGAUCAGAGGGACUGCAUGUGGGGUGGCCAGCUUUUGGGGGAGGCUUUUUGGAAUUGUGAGUCCGCUGAUUGCUCAGCAUCUUUAUGCGAGAACUGCGGAGGGGGGAACCGGGGAUAUCAAUGCCGUGCUGUAUCUGGCUGGCGGUGUCACUUUGGGUUGUGUGGUCACGACUGCAUUGUUGCCGAGCAAGAUGGUGGGAAGCCAGAGUAUGUGA